AUGCGAAAUAAUCAGGUUAAAGGUGUUUGGAAAUGUCAAAACCACUUUAAGAUAUACGAGGUCUAUAAUCCACCCCAGAAUAAACCCAACUUCGAUCUUCUAAACAUCUCACACAAAACUGUACCACUUGGAGACACCAGCGCCCAUUACACCAGAUGGGGCUAUAGGGACAUAUACAUAGCUGAAAAAGAAAUCAAAGACACGUUUAACAGCAACCCUCUAGAAAUUAUUUACAGCAGUGUGGUUCCCGAUACAUACCUGCACUACAAUGCAACCAGAAAAACUCCUGACUUGCUCCUGGCUUCAACCGACAUCAGUGAGCUUACACGCCACAAAAUAAUUGCCGAUCCUGGUUCUGGUCACAAACCAGUCAUUGCUUGUAUUACCAUCGGCAGCAAACGCAUGGCACUGAAAAUGCCAACCAAGCUAUUAUGGAACUUCAAUAAGGCCAACUGGCCUUGA